AUGAAUUUCAGUUUUGAGUGAGCUCUCGUGCUAUUCGGCCAAAAAGCAUAUUCUUCCUAAAAAAUCAUCUUCAGCAGACAAAAAUCAUGUCGUCAUUGGCAAAGUGAAGGAAAAAUUAAGAUACCUCAAGGAAAUAUUAUUAAACGAAAACUUGACAAGUGAUAGAAUUGUUUUAUUAUUGUGUCUCAGAUAGUGUGUGAAAUUUACAUUACAAUAAAGUUUAUUACUUUCAAGUUUAUUGGACAAGAACAAUAAUUCCAAAAUAAUCUUUUGUGAUAAUCAAUCUUUUGUGAGGUUUCUAGAUACUUUUUUUAAUAACAGUAUUGUUUGCAGAAAUUGAACUUAAAAAAUUAGAGUUCACUUCCUGAUCCAAUGAAUUCUCCCAACGAUCAAACCAUCGAAGUCCAGCUCAACAGCUUGGAUUCUGAAUCCAAUCCACACAUCAAAGAAAAAAAACGCCCACCUAGUGUUUAUAAGUCCAAAGUUUUUAUCGUAACACUGGCCUUCUCGGCAACUCUCCUAACACUACUAUGCAUUGCAUUUAUGAUGAACUACGAAAAAGACUCAGAAAUUACAUCUAAAGUCAGUUUCUGGAAUGUCGAUCUCCCUCCGGAACAAAAAAUCUGGUAUGACAAAGGCAUUGCUGAGCUAAAAGAAGCCCUACAUCACCAGAUUAAUAUGAGACGAGCCAAAAAUGUAAUUCUUUUUAUUGGUGAUGGCAUGGGACCAACAACAGUUACUGCUUCAAGAAUCUAUGGUUUCAAGGAAGAGGGUCUACUAAGUUGGGAGAGAUUUCCACAUAUGGGACUUUUAAAGACAUACUGCGCCAACAAACAAGUUCCAGAUUCAUUUUCGACAGCCACGGCACUAUUUGGAGGGGUCAAAGUUAACUACGAAACUGGUGGAGUUGAUUCCACCGUCAAUUUGGGCAAUUGCUCGGCUGCUAUGAAUAAAACCCAUCAUGUCGAGACAAUUCUUAAAUGGGCACAAGAUGACGGCAUGAACACGGGAUUUGUAACCACAACAAGGGUUACUCAUGCAACACCAGCUGCUUUGUAUGCUCAUGUUCCCGAUCGUCGUUGGGAAUGUGAAGCUAAAGUCCCUGAGAGUUCUAGAAAUGACGGUUGUAGAGAUAUCGGAAGAAUUUUGAUUGAGGACAAACCAGGACAGAAUAUCAAUGUAAUAAUGGGCGGCGGACGACAAUGCUUGGUUUCUCAUGUUAAUUCAUCCGAAGCUGAUCCACUUGACACCUGGGCUUGUAAUUCCAAAGAUGGAAGAAAUUUAAUUCACGACUGGGAAGUUCAGAAGAGCAAUGCUGGUGAAGCUUAUGCGGUGGUUCAAAAUAACGAACAACUGUCUAAACUUAAUGGAGCUGACGUCGAUUAUGUGUUGGGAAUUUUUGCAAAUGGCCAUUUAAAGUAUGAUCAUGAACGUGAUAGUGGCCCUAAAGGAAUGCCUUCUUUGAAAGAAAUGACCCUCAAAGCACUGGAAGUACUCAGUACAAAAACAAAAGGUUUUCUUCUAGUCGUUGAAGGAGGUAUGAUUGACCAGGCACAUCAUAGAGGUGCAGCACGAAAAGCUCUUUCGGAAGUUUUGGCUCUUAACGAAGCUGUCGAUGCAACGGUUAAAUAUAUGAGUGACCAUCUAGCGGAAACGCUUAUAAUUGUGACAGCAGAUCAUUCUCAUACUCUGACAAUGAACGGUUACCCGGAAAAAGGAAAUGAUAUUCUAGGAAUCGCCUCGAAUUCAAAAACCGAAUCAACACCUUAUACAACUUUGACUUAUGGAACAGGCUAUAAUGCCUUUCAACCCGAAUUAGACCCACAAACAAAUAAAAUUAAAAGACACGAUCCGAGUAAAGAUGACACAACAUCUUUCGAAUAUGUUCAACAGGCAGCCAUUAAUACAGACGAAAAUACUCACGGAGGAUCGGAUACAACUAUUUUUGCUAAAGGACCCAUGGCAUACCUAUUUCACAAUGUCCAUGAACAAAGUUAUGUAGCACAUGUCAUAUCAUAUGCCCUACGGAUUGGUCGUUUCCGUGAUAGCAGUAUUGUUGAAUCUUUGGCGGAAAUGUUACCGAUAUAAGACUUCCACAUCGUAAUUAAUCAAGAAGAACAUUUAUCAGUUUUAUGUGAUAUUUAAUAGUAAAGUAAAAACAAUUUACACUUUAAGUACUUAUUGACUUGAAAAAGUAAAAAAAGACUUUGUAUUCGAGCACAAUGUUUGUUUCGUUGUAUCAUUUUUUGAAGAUUUUAUCAUAACUAACGUUCAUGUUUAUCUAAUAAUAAAAGAUGUAAAACCAUUUUAA